AUUAUAGUUCGAAUUUUUAAAAUAUUGUAAUGUUUAGAAAUUUCCAUUUAGGAUUACCAUAUACUGUUUGAUUCGGUUUAAUGAAAUGGAAAUGGCAUUGGUAUAAUAAUCUUUCUGAUCUGUGAUUAGUAUUAGUCGUAGUGGUAUUCUUUGCAUAGAGUUCCAGUAGGCAAAUGAAACUGUUUGUUUACUUACACUCUUUCACCGCUAAAUUUCUUUGAAUUACCAUGAAUAGAACCUGAAAAUUAAUCAAAAUGUCAAAAAGAUUUAUAUAUCCACAACAACAUGGAGAACGAAAGAAAGCGAAAUUGGAUGUAACAAUAUCGGACCAUAACUUUCCAUUGAGUCAAAACUCUCCUAUAAAGAAAGACAACCAAGAAACGUGGGGUGAUGAUAACGACGACGAGAUCUUGCUCCUGGCGAGUCAAGCUUGCGAGGAAGUGUAUAACAAUGACAAUAGCUGUUUACCCGACUACAGUAUGUGUAUGCAACCUCGAUCCACCAGCACUCAAAUAUGUGAUCCGCUUCCCGGCACCUCUAAAUCCACAUUUAUGUUUAAAACACCCAGUACUUGUAUGCCUAAUGCUGUGUCAACCCACCUCAGAAACAAAUGUAACACAAUAUCUUCCCCUUUACCUGGUAUGUCUUCAAAAGUGUCAACAAAAAUCAAUGAUUACGAUAAUCCAUCGGAAGACUUACUGGGUUAUAAAGUAUACAAAGGCCAAGAUUCUGAUCAGAUUUAUCGUCAACUACUGCAAUUACAAGAAGAUAAUGCAAAGUUGAAGUCUGAAAAUGGGAAACUGUUGGAGAAAUGUGUGACGAAGGAAGGAGAAGCGUCUAUCUUGCGUACACAAUUAAAAACAUGCCAGUUGGCUGUGGAUAAUGCUAGAUUAGAGAAAGUGAAGGCACAGGAGAAAAUUCAGGCUGAGUGGACAGAUAAGUUAACAUCUGCUAAUAGUCAAAUACACGAUUUGCGGACUCAACUUGAUUUCAAGAAUUUAGAAAUUAUAAGUGUAAAGGAAAAGUGCAAAAAGCUGGAGAAUAACAAAUUGAGGCUCACACAAGUCACAGUUGGUAGUAAUGACAUCUCCGUAAGUCACAGAAAUAACAAUGUUAUCAUAGCAAAUGAUAUGUCCUUCCAAUCGACAAAAAGAGCUAAAAUGGUGUCAAAUAGUGUCCAAACUGACAACAGAGCACACUUCUUGAAACUUAAUAGAAGUUUUAAAAAAGAAUCAUCAAGAUUAAGUGAUAUUCUCCCGAUAAUCUUAGAAACAUCGUCCGAACAGCAUUUCAAUAUAUUGGAAUAUAAUGAGAAACUCCAAAGACAAACCGACUUCUUGCAAAACAAGUGCAGAAUCUUUAGCACCUUCCAUAGACUGCCGUCUACCGCCGUAGUAAAAGAGAUUAGCAAAAAUAAAGUGUCAAUGUCCAAUAUUUAUGAAGACUUGACGUAUAUAGCUGCAGAUGAAGUGGAGAAUUUAAAGGAAAAAUAUUUCAAUAUAUUCAAAACGGUAAUAAUCGUAUUAAAAGAAAUUGAAACAGAACUAGCGACAAUAUCAAGAAGAAUGACAACCGCCUUUCAAAAGGAGAUGGACGAGAAAUAUAUCGAGUCUACAUCGUCGUAUCUCUGUGUGGAUAUUAAAGAUUUAUUACAGGCGAGUAAUCUGUAUAAAGAAGAACAAGGCAUAUUAGCUAGAAGGAUGACCGCAAUUUUGGUGUAUAUAUUAGAAUCUCCAAAAGCCGUAGAUAUAUUAAAUAGUUUCACUGAAAAUAAUAAAAAUAGUAAUCAAUUUAUUGAAGUAAUCAGCAGGAUAUGCAACCUGAUUGAUGGCACUUCAUGUGCAAUUCUAUACAGUGGACUAUUGUUAUCCAUAACAAUUUUUAUUGAAAUCUCACUAAAAUAUAUAGCAAAAUGUGAUGAUAAAGUGUUGGAAAUAUUAAAAAACGUGAUAGCUUCCCGACCUAUGCCAUUCGUGGCGUGUCAGGUGCUGGCCGUCUUGAAUAUGGUGCAUAUGGAGAGUUUCAGGAGCACAUACUGUCCUGGCAGUAGCCUGGGUAACCUGAGGUUGGAUUAUGAUCAAGGAGUGUUGCUGUAUAAAAAAGAUUCAUGCUAUUUACAAGUGCUACUAAAACAAAUAGAGGCGUCCCUCAAAUGUAUGGAGAAACAGACCUUGUUCCGACAGACUAUCAUUACGACACGGUACCUUAUUGGAAUUUACAGCAAUAUAAAUAGUGCAAAUAUUACAGAAGUCCGCGAGAGAUCCAGAUGUGAUUGCCAGCUAGUAUUGUUGCAAGUGAUUGUGUACGCUCUACGGAUAUGUGCUGUAAUGUUGAAGGACAAUAAAUCAGAUGUAACGAGUACCAUCAACCAAGAGCUUACAGCAGUGUGCCGCAGUGGACUGCAGGUGUUGUACCAGUGUACGCUGCGAGAUGUGGAAUUCACAUCUCAACUCUCGUAUAACGAGGGGCAUCUAAUUGAAUUCUGUGAAAUAUUGAAAUGCUAUGAACAUAGUGAGCUUUAUGGAAACAUGUUAACUGAGGUUGCCAGUACAUUCCAGUCGUCACCUGAAGACAUGCCCUCAUCAUUCCACAGACAAGCUUGGCUGAACAGUUUCAAAAAAUUCUCUCUGGCCGAUUGAUCAGUCUAUUUCGUUUAGUCAAUUGAAAUGUCGAAUUUUGUAUAUAAUGUAGAUAUUACAUCGUUAGAUUAAGAGAAAGCCGCUGUGAUAUUGUCCAAAACCUCAUAUAAUAACUAGCUAUUACAAGCAACCUAAUUUUUAGGGGUUUUGUAAUAACGUCUGUGUCUAUACGUGACAUCUUAGCUACUA